AUGAAGCUCUCAAACGUUCUGGCGGCGCUCCUUGCGCCGUCUCAAGCGGCAGCAACCGCUGUGUUUGCCCACUUCAUGGUUGGAAACACCCCCGACUUCACGGUGUCCGACUGGACAUCCAACAUGAACCUCGCCAAGGACGCACACAUCGAUGCGUUUGCGCUCAACAUGGCGUAUGACUGGCACGGCAAUGAAAAGGCCCUAGAGUUGGCUUUCCAAGCUGGCGCGCAAUCUGGCUUUCAGCUUUUCUUCUCUUUCGACUAUGCCGGCAACGGCCCUUGGCCACAGGGUGUUGUUCAGAGCUACAUUCAAAAGUACGGUAAACAUUCAGCUUAUUUUCAGCACAACGGACAGCCCUUGGUCUCGACAUUUGAGGGACCGGAGAACGCGCAAGAUUGGGUUGCUAUCAAGCAAAGCACUGGCUGCUUCUUCGUACCUGACUGGUCGUCUCUGGGCGCAGGUCCAGCUAGCACCUUGGCAGGCGGUGUUGCUGAUGGUUUGUUCAACUGGGCAGCCUGGGCAUACGGAAAGAAUAACAUGACGACUUAUGUUGAUGCCUCGUACACCGAAGCUCUAAAGAAGGCCGGCAACAAGCCAUACAUGAUGCCAGUUUCGCCAUGGUUUUACACCAAUCUUCCAGGAUAUAACAAGAACUGGGCGUGGCGAGGCGACAACCUUUGGUAUGAUCGCUGGCAGCAUGUUUGGAAUGUCAAGCCUGAGUGGGUUCAGAUCAUUUCAUGGAACGACUACGGCGAGUCUCAUUACAUUGGGCCAUUGGACGACCGGCAGUACGAGGCUUUCGAAAUCGGCAAGGCCCCUUACAACUUUGUUAAGGACAUGCCGCACGACGGAUGGCGCACUCACUUGCCGUUCCUCAUCGACACAUACAAGAACCGCAACCCUUCGGUCCUAAAGGAGAGCGUUGUCAUGUGGCAUCGCAGAUCACCCGGAAAGAACUGUGGCGAUGGAGGCACGACAGGUAACACGGCCAGCCAACUGCAGAUUGAGUAUGAGCCGUCGCAAAUUUUCGAAGACCGUAUCUACGUCGCAGCCUUACUAGCAUCGCCAGCAACCCUUCAGAUCACUGACGGCGAACACCUCAACGAGCUGGUGAAACCGAACGAAUGGGAUUAUAUCCCUGCGGAUGGUGUUGGUAUCUACCAAACGAGCGUGCCCAUGGAUUCAUUGGUUGAUAGAGCUGAGGUCAAUGCGGAGCUUAACAGGGCUGUUACAUUUGCGACGGCAAAGUCAAGCCACACAAUCUCAAGCACCUGCAAUGCAGGUCUUACAAACUGGAAUGCUGUUGUUUCCUCGGGAUACUCGUCUCAAGCCGCAAAGAGUGACAAGGCACUCAAGCUCUCGGAGCAGGCCUGUGUUGAGGGUUUCGGAGCAACUCGCUUUGGAGAUUUCAACAAGCUAUGCUCAUUUACCUGCAAGUACAACUACUGCCCAUUGACCGCCUGUGUUUGCACCAAGAGUGGAAAAGCCCUCGAAGAGCCGAAAAGUCUUGGAAUCAAGGGUUACUCUUCCAACGGUGAUGCAAACUACGACGGCUUGUGUGAUUACGCCUGUGAUCACGGAUAUUGCCCCCUGGAAUACUGCUCGACAACGAAGCCGAAGCCUUACAUCCCGCCCAACUCACCCUUCUCAAACGAGGCAUGUGUCAACGGAGAGGCACGUUCAAGCUAUCCACAGUAUGAUGGCCUGUGUCGGUAUUCCUGCAACCUUGGCUACUGCCCUAUCAAAAUAUGUACUUGUACCUCAACAGGUUGGCUCAACCCAGCUCCAGCACCCAGUGAGAUUACCGGGCAGAGUGCCAGCGCGGAUGAUGCCGGCAUUUGCAACUUCGCUUGCAGCCGUGGCUACUGCCCGACGCCCUGUAUCUCCUCAAUCCCGGUCAAUUUCAUCGACGAUUCUUGCACAAGUGAAAUGCAGGCAAAGAUUCAGGGUGAGAUGAGUGAUGCCUACGACAUGGCACUUGCAGCAAAAGGUCGUCUUCAGAACGGAGUGUACUACGAACACUUUUUUCCCAAGUCGCUUCGGGACCAACCCGGCUUCGCCAAGGACAUCGCCGAUAAAUACGAGCGCAUUGCGGAUCUCCUCGGUGGUCGGUCAAAAACAGAAACAUUCCAUGUUACUUGCAACUUUGGCACGGAAAUGUGUCAGACAGGAUUUGUAGCCCACAUGAACGACGACACACACAUUAUGAAUUUCUGUUCAAGCUUCUUCAAAACGGGAAAAAUUCUUUACACGCAGACGGCGCUCAAUCAAUGUGACAAGCUUGACCUCAGACAAGCACAGUGGACUAUGGGAGCAAUUAUUCUACACGAAGCCACACAUACCAAGUACGCCAUGGGUGACAAGAAGACGGUAGAUGUUGCUUAUGGUUUCAAUGGCUGUACCCAACUCGCCAAGGGCGGCUUUGAUCGUUCAAAGGUAGCUUACGGAAAGCGGCGCACCAUCACGAAACGCGAUGGUACCACAAAGUUAAGCCAAUUAAUCUGUCCCAAUGGAAAUGACGAGGAAGGCGUAUGCGACCCAGAAAUGAGCGUCCGAAAUGCCGACACAUAUUCUUUCAUUGCUGCGGGCAUCUUCUUCAGUCAGAGGUGCAACAAAGAUAUUCCAUUGCCAGCAUGCGCCCCCACAAGCGUCAAGAGGGACAUCCCGCCCGUAUUGGAGGCCCGCCAUCAGCCACUAUCAUCACCGACAUCUCCACAUCACCCACAUGGUAUUCGUACAGGAACAGAGCAAGAAGCUGGAUCUAUCAAGGCCGUCACCUCUGGUAACCUCGAGAAACGCGCAUCUUGCUCCAAGGCUCAAGAUUGGAUCAUUUUUGACGGAGUAUGGGAUAGUGAUGCUGAACCUGAAGACUUUGUGCCGUCAACCAGAGGGUAUGCACACUUUGGCGACUCAUACGCCAGCGGCAUGGGUACGGGUGUGACUACAACGGAUAAGUGCCGUGUUGGAUCCAACAAUUAUGGCGAUCUCAUCUACAACUUCUUCGGCUCCUCUUCCAUUCCGUACCAACGCCUCUCGUGCUCAGGAGACACCACGGACGGUCUCAACGCUCAGAUUGACAAAUGGACCGGCGCGGACCAGGUCGACCUUGUGACACUGACCAUGGGCGGCAACGAUCUUGGCUUUUCUGACCUGGUGUACUACUGUGUCGUUACUCCCAACACGUGGAGGUGGGGUUCCUCCAACCGCAACUGGUGUGCGGAAGCGAAGAAGAAGGCCAGAGACCACAUGGCAGACACAAGCUCAAACGGGCUGCAGGCCAGACUCAAGGCCGCCUACCAGCGCAUCUUGGACAAGACAGGCCGUCAGGACACUCAACUCUAUGUUGCUGGUUACCCGACAUUCUUCGACACCGCAGGAACAACUUGCGACAAAUCCACCUUCCACUACCUGUGGGCGGGUUACAACCCAAGCAGUGAUUGGCCUCUCGACCGUAUCGUCUACCUCACACAAGAUCUGCGCAUAGAACUUAAUAACCUGGUCCGCGACCUGAACGACGUCAUCAUCGAAGCCGUUAACGAUGCCAACAACGCGCGAGAAUACACGCAGGUACAUUACGUGGACGUAUCGUAUGCCUUUGAAUCAGGAAAUCACCUGUGGUGCGAAGGUUCGGUCAAAGAGCCAGACUCAUCGCGUGAUGACACUUGGUUCUUCCUCAGCGGUUGGCCCGAUGUCGAUGCCGAUGCUGCUGCUGCCUCCAACGCAGAGGCCGCUGAGAGGCAAGCGCUGUUUUCUCAAGGCAGCAUUCCAUUGCCUGACCCUGCAACUUGCGACAACGCCCUGGGAAGCAACCCAGACCCAUAUGCCAGUUAUAUGUGCCGGUUGUCGCACGUGGUCACUGACUUCCCUGGGGGUCCUGAGGCGGCUCUGUACAACAAGGCUAACGGCGAUGUUAAGGCUGGAAAUUUCAACAGUCAGGAGGUCGGCUACUUUGCUCCGACGCGCCAGAUUAAGACGUUCCAUCCCCGUACGCCGGGUAUGUACAAAUACCGCGAUCUGAUUUUGGAGAAGAUUGCGCAGACCAGUGGUCUUUAA